AUGGGCGAACGGGAACGAAGCACCACGUACACCACAUUCUGCAGAAUAUUAGGUGGCCAUGUCACACCUGGUGUUUAUGUUGAUGUUUCAAGCUCUCACGUUUCUUCAAAUCUCAAGGAAGAAUGCCAGAUACCUGAAGUGUUGAAGCUGAAGGACGAGAUUCGUAAGCUGAAUAAUAAAUUGCUGAUCGGGGAAUGGAAAGUUAUGCAUCUGCGUAAUCACAGACGCUUCAAGCUGGUUCCCAACCUGGAACUAUCACUGGAACACAAGGAGACCUCUGAAAACAACACUGAACCUUCUUCACCAACCCUACCAAGUACUGGAGGCUCAUUAUUAGUUCAUGACAAAGAUUGUUCUCAGUUAUAUGACAGACUAAAACCAGCAAGCGGAUUCUACAGAAUUAAACCCAAACUGUCACUUGAACCAUUCCUUGUGUACUGUGACAUGGAAGAUGGUGGGGGCUGGACUGUGAUUCAAAAACGGACCAAUGGGAAAGUCGAUUUUGACAGAAAGUGGGAAGACUAUAAAAAUGGAUUUGGUCAUUUUCAGUCAAGCAAAGAUGAAUUCUGGCUUGGGAACGAUCAUAUUCAUGCCCUGCUCAGUGAUGGUGAAAAUGUGAUGAAAAUUGAAUUGAUGGACUGGAAAGGAGAAAGAUCCUAUGCCAUGUACGACAACUUCAAAGUGUCAGAUGAAAAAAAUAAGUACAGGCUGCACUACGGGAUGUACAGUGGUCAAGCAGGAGAUGCCCUGUCUGGAGGGUCCAACAUGGUGGAGCAGUGGUCAGCCUCUCAUAACGGCAUGCAAUUCAGCACCCGGGACCAGGAUCACGAUCGCUACCUGCAGGGAAACUGUGCUGUUGAGAACAGAGGGGGCUGGUGGUAUAACAGGUGUCAUGCUGCCAAUCUUAAUGGGAGAUUUUACAGAGGUGGAGAGUACAAAGCCAAGUAUGAUAAUGGUGUGGUCUGGAGCACCUGGAGAGGACUGUGGUACUCUCUUAGACGCACAGCCAUGAAGGUCCGGCCCAGCUUCUACAUGGACAACAUAGGGAGUGGAGUAGGACCUAUUGAGCAGCAAGACAUCUGA